AUGACUGGUAGGAAAAUUGAGAAAAUGGCUUCCAUUGAUGCUCAGUUGAGGUUGCUAGCUCCGGGGAAGGUGUCUGAUGAUGAUAAGCUUGUUGAAUAUGAUGCUUUGUUGUUGGAUCAUUUUCUUGAUAUUCUGCAGGAUUUGCAUGGGAGUGAUAUCAGAGAAACGGUUCAAAACUGUUAUGAGCUGUCUGCUGAGUAUGAAGGGAACAAUACCCCUCAGAAGUUGGAGGAACUUGGAGAAAUGCUGACUGGUCUUGAUGCCGGGGAUUCGAUUGUCAUUGCCAAGUCAUUUUCUCACAUGCUUAACUUGGCCAACCUGGCAGAAGAAGUUCAAGUUGCCUACCGAAGGAGGAUUAAGUUAUUGAAGAAGGGUGAUUUUGCUGAUGAGAACUCUGCUAUCACUGAGUCAGACAUUGAAGAGACCUUCAAGAGGCUUGUGAAUCAGCUGAAGAAGACCCCCCUUGAAGUCUUUGAUGCUUUGAAGAGCCAAACUGUUGAUUUGGUUCUAACUGCUCAUCCUACCCAGGCUGUUCGUAGAUCUUUAUUGCAAAAGCACGGCAGGGUAAGGGAUUGUUUGACACAGUUGUACGCAAAAGAUAUUACACCAGAUGAUAAGCAGGAACUUGAUGAGGCUUUGCAAAGAGAGAUUCAAGCUGCGUUUCGUACAGAUGAAAUUCGAAGAACUCCUCCUACACCACAAGACGAGAUGAGGGCAGGAAUGAGCUACUUUCAUGAGACAAUCUGGAAAGGUGUACCAAAAUUUUUGCGCCGCAUUGACACUGCUCUGAAGAACAUUGGCAUUAAUGAACGCAUCCCAUAUAAUGCCUCUAUUAUUCAAUUCUCUUCAUGGAUGGGAGGAGAUCGUGACGGCAACCCCAGAGUAACUCCUGAAGUUACAAGGGAUGUGUGUUUGCUGGCUAGAAUGAUGGUUGCUAAUUUAUACUUCUCUCAAAUAGAGGAUCUCAUGUUUGAGUUGUCUAUGUGGCGUUGCAAUGAUGAGAUACGUAGUCGUGCAGAGGAACUCUACAGCUCAGCAAAAAGAGAUGCAAAACAUUAUAUUGAGUUUUGGAAACAGGUUCCUCCAACUGAGCCAUAUCGUGUUAUUCUUGGUGAUGUGAGGGACAAACUGUAUAAUACACGUGAACGUGCCCGGCAGUUAUUGGCCAAUGGAAGCUCUGAAAUACCUCAAGAGACUACCUUCACAAAUGUUGAACAGUUCCUGGAGCCUCUUGAACUAUGUUAUAGGUCACUGUGUGCAUGUGGUGAUCAACCGAUAGCUGAUGGAAGCCUUCUUGAUUUCUUGCGGCAAGUUUCCACAUUUGGGCUUUCACUUGUGAGACUUGACAUCCGUCAAGAGUCAGAUAGGCACACUGAUGUUAUGGAUGCUAUAACAAACCACUUAGAGAUUGGAUCUUAUCGAGAAUGGUCUGAGGAACGCAGGCAGGAAUGGCUUUUGUCUGAGCUCGGUGGAAAGCGUCCUCUCUUUGGCCCUGAUCUUCCUAAAACUGAAGAAAUUGCUGAUGUUCUGGAUACCUUCCAUGUCAUUGCUGAACUUCCUUCAGACAGCUUUGGUGCUUAUAUCAUUUCAAUGGCAACAGCCCCAUCUGAUGUGCUUGCUGUAGAACUUUUGCAACGUGAAUGUGGUGUGAAGCAACCAUUAAGGGUCGUCCCAUUGUUUGAAAAGCUUGCUGAUCUUGAGACUGCUCCUGCUGCACUAGCCCGCCUAUUCUCAAUAGAAUGGUACAGGAACCAUAUCAAUGGAAAGCAAGAAGUUAUGAUAGGAUACUCAGACUCGGGAAAAGAUGCUGGCCGUUUCUCCGCAGCUUGGGCGUUGUACAAGGCUCAAGAAGAACUUAUAAAGGUUGCCAAGGAGUUUGGCGUUAAGCUUACAAUGUUCCAUGGAAGAGGUGGGACUGUAGGAAGAGGAGGAGGUCCCACUCAUCUUGCUAUAUUAUCUCAGCCACCAGAUACUAUUCAUGGUUCACUCCGGGUUACGAUUCAAGGUGAAGUAAUUGAACAGUCAUUUGGAGAGGAGCACUUGUGCUUCAGAACACUACAGCGUUUCACUGCUGCUACACUUGAGCACGGAAUGCACCCUCCCGUGUCACCGAAACCAGAAUGGCGUGCCCUCAUGGAUGAGAUGGCUGUCAUUGCAACAAAGGAGUAUCGCUCCAUUGUUUUUCAGGAGCCUCGUUUUGUUGAAUACUUCCGAUGUGCAACUCCUGAGAUGGAGUAUGGAAGAAUGAACAUUGGCAGUCGUCCGUCAAAACGAAAGCCAAGUGGAGGAAUUGAAUCACUCCGUGCUAUCCCUUGGAUCUUUGCCUGGACUCAGACAAGGUUUCACUUACCGGUAUGGCUUGGCUUUGGGGCUGCAUUCAAACAUGUAAUUGAGAAAGAUCCAAAGAAUCUCCAAAUACUUCAAGAUAUGUAUAAUCAAUGGCCAUUCUUCAGGGUCACCCUUGACUUGGUUGAGAUGGUGUUUGCCAAGGGAGACCCGGGGAUCACAACUCUUUAUGACAAACUCCUAGUCUCAGAUGAACUGUGGUCAUUCGGAGAGCGAUUAAGGUCUUCAUAUGAUGAAACCAAGAGAUUUCUCCUCAAGGUUGCUGGACACAGAGACAUCCUUGAGGGAAAUCCUUACUUAAAGCAAAGACUCCGUCUUCGUGAGUCUUACAUCACAACUCUCAAUGUGUUGCAAGCCUACACAUUAAAGCGAAUCCGCGAUCCUGAUUACCAUGUGAAGUUGAGGCCACAUUUGUCCAAGGACUACAUUGAAUCAAGCAACCCAGCAGCAGAGCUUGUGAAGCUCAACACUGCAAGCGACUAUGCUCCUGGUUUGGAGGAUACUCUUAUUUUGACAAUGAAGGGUAUAGCUGCUGGCAUGCAGAACACUGGUUAA